CCUGAGCUGUCGAAGAGUUAAUUUUUAAUUGUGCUUUCGUGUCUAAGGAUGAACUACUCCAGGUUUUUGACUGCUGUGAGCGCAGCAAGGAAACCGUCCCCCAUUCGCAUUUUAACUGAACUGCAACAGCGCUCACCCCCUACCCUGAUCUCUCUUGCGGGGGGUGCACCAAACCCCAACACUUUCCCCUUCAAAUCUGCCACCAUCCAUGUGAAAAACGGGAAUCCGGUUGUUUUCGAUGAGACCGUGAUGAAGAGAGCUUUGCAAUACUCAGGCUCCUAUGGAAUUCCAGAGCUGGUCUCCUGGAUGAAGGAGCUGCAGCGGAGCCUCCACAACCCUCCGACGGCAGGCUACAGCCCAGAGAGAGGCCAGAUGGAAAUGUGCGUCACCACCGGUAGCCAGGAAGGGUUAUGCAAAGUGUUUGAGAUGCUGGUGAAUCCAGGAGAUAAUAUUCUGCUUGAUGCACCGACAUAUUCUGGUACCUUAGCAGCUCUGCAGCCUCUGGGCUGUAACAUCAUUAACGUUCCCAGUGACCAGCAUGGCAUGAUCCCCGAAGGCCUGAGAGAGAUACUGGCGCAGUGGGACCCGGCUGACGCGCGUAAGCCUGGAACUACUAUUCCCAGAGUUCUUUACACUAUCCCCAAUGGGGGAAAUCCCACAGGAGCCUCCAUGACCUUAGAGAGGAAGAAGGAAGUUUAUGAGCUUGCGCAAAAGUACGACUUACUUAUCAUUGAAGACGACCCCUAUUACUUUCUCCAGUUUCAAAAGCCUUGGGCCCCGACGUUCCUCUCCAUGGAUGUUGAUGGGCGUAUUAUCAGGACAGACUCCUUCUCCAAGAUUCUGUCGUCAGGGUUACGGAUUGGUUUUGUCACAGGGCCAAAGCCUUUAGUGGAUAGAAUAGUUCUGCACAUCCAGGCUUCUACCAUGCACACCAGCACGUUUACACAGAUGAUGGUUUCCCAGCUGCUACAUAACUGGGGUCAGAAUGGGUUUCUUAACCACAUAGAUGGGGUCAUAGAGUUUUAUCGAACGCAACGCAAUUCCAUGCUCUCUUCGGCAGAGAAAUGGCUCACAGACGUGGCGGAGUGGCACCCCCCGACAGCCGGAAUGUUCCUGUGGAUCAAACUGAAAGGCGUCAAAGACACGCAGCAGCUCAUCAUGGAGAAAGCUUUGGAAAAAGAGGUGCUUCUGGUUCCGGGGGGUGUGUUCAACAUUGAUAGUUCAGAUCCAUGUCCGUACGUUAGAGCCGCCUUCUCUCUCUCUACACCACAACAGAUUGAUGAGGCUUUUAAGAGACUCUCGGUACUCGUCAAAGAAGCCUUGUGAGAGGGUGACUCUCCCACAAACAAGGAACUUUGUUAUUUUUCAAGAUCAGAGAAAGAUUUCUACAAACAGGCAGUAACUGAACUUGAAUCCUGCCAUUAACUGCCUGAAAGAUCAGCCAGAAAGGUCAGAACCUCUCGUGCUGAAGUAAUUCACUUAGCUUUCAAAUACCAGAUCAACAUAACAGGACUUCACAAAGGUCUUUGUUUAGUUCUCAAGUAUCAACAGUGCAGUGAUUUCACAAAGAUUUGGAUCUCUUUGGAAUGAAACACACAGAACCUUACAAAACAUUUAGACUCUGUUCAGAAUCAAAUGCAAUAAGGCUUGCAACUUCCCUCUGCACAAUUCUGUUUACGAUAAUUACUGUAAAGAAAUCAAUUUAUUUAUUGUGGAUGAAUGUCACUUUGACGGAAAAAAAAAAAGAUUUGAAAGUGUUGUUUAAAAAAAGUAAUGCUAUGAGAAAGAUUUGUGUUUACUACAAUACUGUGUUCAUUUUAAAAAGGCACCUUGUCUUUCUUGGAAGGUUGUUAUUAACUAUUUUUACAGAUGGCUAAUAUCCUAACAGGUCAGACCCCAAACAAUGAAGUACUUUAAAACAUUAGAACACUACCUGUCUUUCACUGGGUCCUUCUCCUUUUUCCAUGUGUUUAACUGGCUUGAACGCUACUAAAACACUCGAAAUCUAAGUUCCUUAAGCACUAAAAACGGUCACGCUCAAACAAACCAUUAAAACACAUUUA